ACAGGUACCGCUCAGCAGGCAAUUCCGACAUUCCGUGAUCACGACUAGCACGCGAACUCGUCACUGCCGACGUGGACACUGACAUCUUGACCAGCUUCGACGAUGACGUGCCGAUUGAAGACUGCACAAACGAGUGGGAGAGAGAACUAGUGGCCAACUUCCGUGGGGACGAAAUACCCAAUGACGGAAGCGACAACGAAUCCGAACAAGAUGUAUCUGUUCCGGGAAACGAUCUCAGCUAUCCUGGCGUGUUGAACAUGCUUCAGAUUUUAAAGGACUUUGCAAUACAGAAAGAUGAACGUUUCCUAUUGCAUGUACAGGAAUUAGAAAGUUUAACGCAGGCAACCAUUGUUAAACACAGAUGAGAAAGACAACAGACAUCGAUGGAUACUUUUCUCAACAUUUUCAAAGGAAAAAGAAAAUGCCAGAAGCUGAUUUACUGGAGAUCCCAGAAGGAUGGAAAGAACCUAAAUUUACAAAAGAAGAUAACAAGUUUGGUGUUGUAGCUAAAAGUUCUUUUGCUACACUGUUCCCAAAGUACAGAGAAAAGUAUCUGCGAGAAUGCUGGCCAUUGGUGCAGAAAGUGCUGGAUAAUUAUAGUAUUUGUGCUGACCUUGAUGUUGUGGAAGGAAGCAUGUCAGUUCGCACUACGAGAAGAACAUGGGAUCCUUACAUGAUUGUUAAAGCUCGGGAUCUCAUCAAACUGUUAGCAAGAAGUAUGCCGUAUGAACAGGCUGUCCGUGUGUUGGAUGAUAAUGUAGCCUGUGACAUCAUCAAGAUUGGUUCCAUGGUGCAGAGUCGAGACCGGUAUGUGAAGAGACGCCAGAGACUCAUUGGACCGAACGGUUCAACUCUGAAGGCAAUUGAGUUGCUGACAAGCUGCUAUGUUUUAGUUCAAGGAAACACAGUGUCCUGUCUUGGACCACACAGAGGACUUAAAGAGGUCAGGAAGAUUGUUGAAGACACCAUGAAAAAUAUUCAUCCAGUUUAUAACAUAAAGACGCUGAUGAUUAAAAAGGAGUUGGCCAAGGAUCCCAACCUGAAAUAUGAGAGCUGGGACCGGUUUUUGCCGCACUUCAAGUCAAAGAACAUCAGCAAGAGGAAACAACCCAAGAAGAAACACGUCAAGAAGGAAUACACGCCUUUCCCUCCUCCUCAGCCACAGAGUAAAGUUGAUAAGGAACUGGCAUCUGGAGAAUAUUUUAUGAAGGAAAAGGAGAGGAAGAUAAAGAAAAUGCUGUUAAAAAGGGAACAGCAGAAGCUAAGUGAAGAAAAGCAAAAAGAGAAGAGAUCAAAGUCACUGAUUGCACCAAAGGAACCUGUACAUGUUAAAAAGUCUGUCACCCAAACAUCAGGUGAUGUUGAUAUUCCAGCUUUGAAGAAAAAGUUGAAGAAGAUGCAGAAAAAGAAGAAACGCUGAUGAGAAUGAUAGCAUGUGUGUAUCACUUCUGAUACUGAACGAUAUGACCGUGUGCUGUCCAAAUGUCUUAUAGUGGUGAUGGAAACUCAAGAUUCUUUGAAAAAACUAUCUAAAGAAUACCUGCUUCACUUGGUGCAGUUUCACAGACACUGAAGACAGAUACAGAGUUGAUAUGGUUUUAAACUUGCCUCAGCUUAUGGACAUUGUAUAUAUCAUUUUAUUAUCCACCUAGUUCAAGAUUUACAGGGAAAUAAAUCAGUAUGAUACA